GUUUCGUUUCUGGAGGGAGAUGGACAUGUUUUUGGCGGGGCAAAUCCUUGAGCAUACGAGCAUAGCGCCUUUUCCCGCACUCAUCGUCGCCGACAAUGCACCCGCCUGCGCCUGCAUUAUUGCGGAAUCCGCCAUCACUUCUAGUCACAGUAUUCACUUCUUUGGUUGAUCAACCGAGCAUCCGAUAACUGUUCCUACGUUUCUCGAACCCCUCUAUCCUUUCGAUAUACGGAAGCGCAUCGUUACUUCUCAGUCUUUGCAAGCUGGCUGCGAACACUCACUCAACGUCACCUUCCGCUUCAUCCUCCUACCUCUCAUGCCCAUAACCCACAAUGUCUGAUUCUCCGAUCACGAAUGCCCCAGUCGGGCCUCAAGAGAAGCCAAUAUUGGACAAAUUGGUACUGGUCAGAGAUAAACUCCUCCUUCUGAAACAAGACAAGAGCACAUAUGUCAAGUCUUCCGAUGUUCUUCCCCUCUAUGAGCAGGUGAUUGAGCAGGUGUCGAUCCUCAACGAUGUCCGUGGCCCCGAACAUCUCGUCCAGAACCGAGUCGACACAGUCCUCGAUGACUGUUUACAGCUCGUCUCGCUCUUCUUUAUGGCAGUCGGGCGAAAUAACGAAGCUCCCGCAUUGUACGCAAUGACUGGAAACAUUAUGCGGCUGUGUCACCAUCUUAAAGAGGCGGCCUUCUACAGUAAAAAGGACUUGACAAGCUUGGAAAACACACUGCAGAAGAUGCAGGCCACGUUGGAGCAUGGCAAGGACGUAUACUCUGACCAUUUGUUGAGGCGGAUACAAUAUCGCCUGGAGAUCUGCAAGGCGAUGCUGAAAGAGCUGAGCGAUUUUCUCUCCACACUGUCGCCUGAAAUGGUGCCCGUGUGGGAGAAAUUGGUUUCCAUACUACGGGCCAUUGCCGCGUUGAAUACGAGAAGCAAGUACGUUCAAAAAGAUCUCGAGGACCUCCGAAGUGAAUUACGCGCAGUCACGGCGACGAUGACCGACGGAAAGCUCCCAGAUAAGACUGGGGUCACUUCGUCGGGGCAAGACCUCGUCGUACCCUUGCUCAACAGAUGCCUAAAGUUCACCGACAUGGUUGAGGAGCGUCAAGGCAAGAUCGACGAACGGUUCAAAGACGUUUACGAUAAGCUUAUUGAGAUCCGGAACCAACUUGAGCGUUUGACCAUGACCCAGGCCUGGUCACUCCGGGAGACCGAUUUGUUCAUGUGGCAGAGGAAACUGGAUCGCAUAGACGAUUCUAGGAGAGACGGCAACUUCUUUGAUGCCGAAGGACAUCCCGCUGAUCUGCACGCACAAAGAACAUUACUUUAUCUGAUUCGACGAGGAUACGCGUAUAUUUAUCAGCUUCUAAUUGCAUCUGAGCCGGUCUCGGAAGCUCUUCUACCAAUCUACAACCAGCUCCUCACUUUGCGACGAUGUCUGGUCGAGGUUAAGAAAGCUGGAGGAGUGUCGAAUCCUCGGGAGCUGUAUCCCUACAGCAUGAAGUUGAACUCGAUUGACAAUAUGAGAGUGGAUGGGAAAUUCCAGAUUGGAAAGGAUAUACCUGAAGGGCAAGGCGCUGUAAACGAUCUCCUUGCAGAGUGUUAUGACUUGGCUUAUGAGCUCAGGACGGCAGCUGAACAGGAAAACGGUGAUGACUAGUCCUUGUGAACCCCAGUGAGGUGGUGUCUCUAGAGCAGGGCGCAACGGGUUUUGUCUUGCCUGGCCAUGAUUGUAUGAUCAUGGUGAUUGCCUAACUUGGUGGUUGUGCUUGUGGCUGCCUCAAUAGUGCUUUAUGGGAAGGGGUGUUUCUGCCUCUUGGACAGGCGGUCAUUGUCGUUAGGUCACGUAUGCAGAUGGGCAAGGACAAGUCGUCGAUAUGAGGACGAGCUUCACAGCAAAUGAGUCUGAUAACUCCCGAGGUGCUGAAUGAACUGCAUGCUCUUGCCGUAGACUGGCACCUAACUGGACUCCUGGAGGCCUGCACCUGGUUGGGAAUUA